UUUGGUCAACCAAUAGGUAUAUUACAUUGGUACUUCGGUGAUACACGUGUCAAUGAUAGUUUUAUAUACGAGCACUUUGUUCUAUGUUCAUAAUAAUUCACGUUAACAAAUUUUUGAAUUAAAAGUUAUAAUUUUUAAAUAAUCGCUUGGUAUUUAAGCUGUUACUUAAUCACAAAUUUAUUUUUUUAGAGAAACACUUAUCUACCUACCAUGAAAUCAUUUGUGUUCGCUGCGGUGUUCAGUUCAGCUUUAGUACUUGUGGUGGGAAUUUCGGAGCUGGAAGAAAUUCAUAAAAAAGUAGAACAAAGAGAAGAAGAUGUUGCCAAAUAUUGUAAUACACUUUUUCCAGUCAAUGAAGAUAUGCAUUUAAAAGUAGCAAGAGUCGCCGUCCAAGGAGAAACCGUUCCAGAGAAUUUCCAUAAUCUAGAAUCGUGUAAUCUGAACUGCUAUCUGGUGAAACUCGGAUUCUUUGGUGCUGACGGUACGCUGCAAGUUCGCAAAAUUUACAAGUUCUUGCUUGAAGAACUUCCUGAAUUUCAACCUAACAGGCAAUUUCUUUUAAUUCACCUAUUCCAAACUUACCGAAUGACCAAAGAUUUGGAAGACGAAUGUGAGAAGGCUUACGUAGCAUAUUAUCGAUUUUCGGAAGCUGUAAUGAUAGCUACUUUGGAUGCUGAUUUUCACGCGGAAGCCACCGCCAUAGAAACAGUUCUGAACGAAGUUACGGAUGGCAAAGAAACACCUGAAGAAUUAGAGAUUUCCGUGAAAAAAUCAUUAAAAAAUACAGAGUUAUUCUUCGAUCUUACAAUUUUAAAAUGAGAAAUUUCAAUGCUGUGCUCAUCAAAGACAUUCUUUACAAAUAUCUCAUCGUGAUCAAAUCAUAUUGGUACAUUACAACCUAAUUUAAGAAGUUGUGUACCUACUUCAUAGAAUCUAGCUUCCAUAUUCAAUUGCAAAACUAA